GAAAUAAAAUAACCAACUGUUUGACUGACUCCAUCUUAUAUGAAUUCAUUUGGCCGGCAAUUUGCUUUCGUGAUCAACUACAAAUUCUUCGUGUUCAGUUGAUAAGUAAAAUUCCAUAAACACGGGCGGUAAAUAUGUCAGCUACUGAGGGACAAGUUAUUAAAUGCAAAGCGGCUGUUGCUUGGGAGGCAAAGAAACCUUUGUCCAUCGAAGAGAUUGAAGUAGCCCCACCCAAGGCCAAUGAAGUACGCAUCAAAAUUACUGCUACUGGUGUCUGCCACACAGAUGCAUACACCUUAGGUGGUCUCGACCCCGAAGGUAUAUUCCCAGUUAUUUUGGGUCACGAGGGCGCCGGCAUUGUCGAAAGUGUUGGUGAAGGCGUUACCAAAUUCAAGCCAGGUGAUCAUGUCAUCCCUACCUACGUGCCUCAGUGUGACGAAUGUAAGUUCUGCAAAAGUCCUAAAACCAACUUGUGCCAGAAAAUUCGCUGUACUCAGGGACAAGGUGUAAUGCCGGACGGAACUUCAAGAUUUACCUGCAAAGGUCAGAAAUUGUUCCAUUUUAUGGGUACCUCCACAUUUUCGGAAUACACUGUUGUAGCUGAUAUAUCUUUGAGCAAGGUUGAUGAGAAGGCACCUUUGGAUAAAGUAUGUUUAUUGGGUUGUGGCAUACCAACAGGUUAUGGUGCAGCCAUCAACACUGCUAAGGUAGAACCUGGCAGUACUUGUGCUGUUUGGGGCUUGGGAGCUGUUGGUUUAGCCACUGCCAUGGGCUGCAAAAAGGCCGGAGCUUCUAAAAUCUACGGCAUUGAUAUUAACCCCGACAAAUUCGAGUUGGGCAAGAAGUUUGGUUUCACUGACUUUAUUAACCCUAAAGAUGUUGCAGAUAAGGGUCCCAUUCAAAACUUCCUCAUCGAUUUGAUGGAUGGUGGCUUUGACUAUACUUUCGAGUGCAUUGGCAAUGUCAACACUAUGCGUGCUGCUUUGGAAUCGACUCACAAGGGUUGGGGUACUUCAGUUAUCAUUGGUGUUGCAGCUGCUGGCCAGGAAAUCAGCACUAGACCAUUCCAACUAGUAGUGGGCCGCGUGUGGAAGGGUACCGCUUUUGGCGGUUGGAAGAGUGGCCGUGAUGUUCCCAAACUAGUUGAUGAAUACAUGAAAAAGGAAUUAUUGGUUGAUGAAUUCAUAACACACACUAUGGCUUUGGAUAAAAUUAAUGAGGCUUUCGAUUUAAUGCACGAAGGCAAAAGCAUUCGUAGCGUUGUGUAUUUUUAAUUUAAGCAACUUGUAGAUGAAUAAACAAUAUAAGAUUCUGAUAAA